ACUCAUAGUUCUGUCGAUCGUCGGAAGUUCGAGACGCAAGUGAGUUCUGUCGAGAUCUGUGAGAUGUUGCCGCUCCAAUUGGUUAUAGUGGGCUGUCUGUUCAUCGCUCAGGGGCUUUGUCACACUUUGCCCGAAGUCAAGGUGAGAGUACCCCGUGACACGUCCAAUAUACCUCUGCAUCUGUUUAAGCCCGUGGAGAAGAAGUCAAGCAAUGAGCCCAGCUCUAAUAGAGGUUCUUUAAACAGAGGAAAUGGCACCGCCUUUGGGGAUUCAAAUAGUGGCCCUAAGUUUUUCGAGAGAUCUGACGGAGAAGUGGAUGAAGUAAAUGCAUCUUAUGAAGAUGAAGAAGAAAGUGACCAAAGCAACCAAUUCCAGCCUCAACCAUUUUAUCCUCAGAACACUCCAAGGCCAAAUGGCUUCCGUAUUCCUCAAUCCAAUUUCGGAAACACAUUCCAAUCGGAUUACAGUACAGGCCCGUCAGGCAGCAGCUUCAGUAAUAGACCCUUUUCAAGCUCCCCUGAUUUCCGUCGCAGAAACAUUGUACCUUUUCGCGAGCCACCAUUCCGAAACCAAAACUCGGGGACUUGGGUUUCCGGACCGGUACCUUUAUCGAGUGGCUCAAUGAUUCCAUUAAUUUCUGGAGGUCCCAGUAAUCCCUUUGGACGUAGUGGUCACAGUGGUCCUAUUGGACCUGGGAGCUCUUCGGACAACUUCUAUCGCUCGGAAUCCUAUAGCUACAGCUCAGAUGGCAGAGGACCUCCGCAGAUUGAAGGAAAUGUUUUCGACACCCGAGAUGGUUUUGGAUCUUCCUUCCGGAACUUUUAGUCCAUGUUAUUACACAUAGCCUUUAAAAAAGUGUGUAAAUAAUAACACGUUGGUUAUAAUCUGAAUCGGAAUCAAAUGGGUUUUCCCCCACUGAUAAUUUCCGAUUCGCAGUAUAACUAUUAGAGGUCGUCUGAGAUUAACAUAAUCUACACUCACUUUAACGUAAAUCGUAAAUAUGUUUUGCAUUUCAAAUUAGUGAGGGCAUGAAAUCAAUGCUGUUUAAGUUCUUUGUUGUUGUUUAUUUAUUUAAAUAAAUAUAAAAACAAUCGAGUAAA